AAUCGCAGUAGAGAAUUCAUAUUUGUUUGGUCGAAACACGCUUUUUUCCCCGUAAUUUCGUCAAUUUUGGCAAAUUUGAGUGAAAUUCAGUGUAAAAGUAUCGCGGAAUUGCAUCUGGAUACGCGAUGAGUAUUAUGGAUACGCAAGACGUCCGAUAAAAGUGAAGAAUUGUGAAAAUCGAGUGGCGAAGCCGAUUAAUACAUAAGUGUACGUUCAUGGUACGUCGUACCAUGUACGUACGUAAGUCUAAAAUCGAAAAACAGUACUGACUCCAAUUCUAUUUUCAAUUACUAAAAUUAUUCAAGUCCUUAUUUUCAUUGAAAAUAAUUCAUUAAAUAUGUAAAAAUUGGUACAAGUGUUUCGCAUACUACAGCUAUUUUGUUAUUAUUUUUGUGGAAAAGAUAAGUGCGAACGAUAAAAAGGGAAAAAAUAUCAGUGAAAUUGGCCUAUGUGUUGGGAAAUGUUCAGCUUUUGCGAUUUUACAUAAGUGUGUUCAUGCUGAAAUAAUUUAGAAAAAGAGAUAAGUACAAGGAAGCAAUUUAGGAUGGCUACUCGUGAGAGAAAAACUAGAAAUAUCACUGAGUCGCCAACUAGUAUUGGUUCUGCGGAAUCGAUUACCUCCACGCAAAAACCGUCAACACCAACAAAAGUAGGCCGAGGACGUAUCAGAGGCCGUGGAUCAAUACGAUCUGUCCAGAAUAAUGAUGAUAACGAGUCUCUUCAAUCGAAUGAAGACGAUUCAAAUGGGAAGCAAACGACACAAAGAUCAUCGUCCCGAAUGAGUACUGGCUCAGUAACAAAAGAUGAAAAUGAAGAUGUGAGUAAGCAAGAUGAUACCAAAUCCUCCCCAGGUCGUCAAAUUUCACGCAGGACCAAAGCUGAAGCCAUUGCCGAAACUUUCACAAAGAGAAUUGUACGUUCCAAUUCAGAUCUACUAAAAAGGAGUCCACUGCUAAAACGAAAAUCGUUGCCGGUGGUGAGUCGAAGGGGAAUGGGACGUAAGAGAGGUACUGCUAGACAUAGUUUAGGGGCUAGAACUGUCAAAUCGGUCACCGAAAGUACGGAUGACAAGCCGACAAAAAAAGCGGGACGUCGUCGUAAAAUAGACUCGGACAAGACAGAAGAUAUUUUUAAGAAACCGGCAGAAGUAGAGAAUGUAGAGACCGAAAGUGUUUCCGAGUCAGAUAAUCAAGCAACAAUUCGCCGGCAUAGAUCAGCUUCAAAGUCCUCCGAUACAACACAAAGCGAUAUUGAUAUGAAAACUGAGGAGUUGAUUGACAAUGUCAAAAAAGAACAUUUGGAUGGCGAUGACUUUUCUAAAAAGCAGGAUAUCCUUGAUAAGAUGGCACAAAACUUUUCCGAAUCAAAAGUCUCAACCGAUGAAGCUAGUCAAACAAGACGAAGUAGUAGACCUCGAAAAAGCACAUGUAAGGACAAAGAUGAUUUGGUGAAGCAAACCGACAUUAAACAUGAAUCAAAAAUUGCAGAUUUGCCAGAAAUCGCAGAGUUCGACAAAGAUCAAUUAGAAAUUAAUACAGAAACAAUCAGAGAAUCUUCUGAAAAACCAAACGAUUCUUCACUUAGUCCUCAAUUGAUAAGCGAAGGGGUAUCUGAAAUUAGUGUAAAAACGUUUUACGGAGAGCCGGCAUUUUUAGAAAACAACUUGGGCAUUGAGAAAGAUCCAAAACUGGGUGAAAUUGUACAAGUUAAGAGCAAACUUAGCUCGGACAUGGUAGAGGAACAAAAAGAAGUGUCUUCGAUGAAACUAAUUGAUGUAUCAGAAUCUACAAAAGCAAGUGAUAAUCUCAAGCUAGAGACUGCCACUGCACCAGAAUCCAGAGAUGAGGCUUCUAUCGAAUUAGAAGCAAAGACCGAUUAUGAUAAUUUCGAAAUAGCCAAUGCGCCUAAGGACAAAUCAUCGGAUGAAAUCGUCGAAGAAGACAAAGAAAAUAAUAAAACAGAUGAGAUCAUUAAAAGAAGUGAUUUGGAUCAAGGCUCUGAAGAACAAAAAAUAUCAAAUAUUGAAAUGGAACAACAAUUCAACGAAACUCCUGACUUGAUCAAAGAAAAAGAAAAGCAUCUUCUCUCACUCGGUCUCUUAUCUCACGAAGCUGCUGUGGAAGCAGCAAAAGAGAAACGUAAACGACGAGAAAUCCUCCAACGCAAUAUAUCGAAAACGGACAAGCGUAAUAAAGCUCCCGAAUAUACAGGUACUCUUAAAACAAUAAUAAAGCUUAAUCGUACUAGUCCAGAGAAGAGAAAAACGCGUAUGCCUUUGAAAAUGACUUUUGCCAAGGGAAGGCCACCUAAACAAAACACUGAAAAAGAUACUAACGGAUCAGCUGAAACAAUUGAAAACACAUUUUACACUAUUCAUCAGGACAAACAGGCUGAAAAUCAACAAGAAGGUCAGAAUAGUGAAAAAAGCCGUAAGGGGCAUAAUCGUUUUCAAACUGCAGAAAGUAAUGUUGUUGUUGAAAACCCGGAAUGCGAAAAACAGCUUGUUGUUCCUGAGAAGGCGUCAUCGUUUAAGGUUCAUCCAGAUCGUCUUUGUUUAGAUCAAUGUUUUUAUUGUGGAGGAAAAUUCGGUCUCUAUGAUACUCCCUGUCAUAUUGCACAAAUAAAAUCAAUCGAUCGCCAAGAAAAAAUACUGAAAAGUGAAGAAAAAUUAACGAGAGACAGCUGCUUGUGUGAUGCUUGCUUUAGACAUGUUGAUCGAAAAGCAAACUGUGCAUCUUAUAGAAAAAGAUUAUCAGCAAAUGCUUCUCAUUCUAAUGAAGGUGACAAUAAGACUGAUCAUGAUGAAUCCCAAAAUGAUUCGUAUGAACAAGGAGCAGAUAAAGAAAUUACUGGAAAUGAGAAUAAAUGUUGUGUAUCUCAGUGUACUGAAAGCGUUUCACAUUCACUUCGUAAAAAAUGGCUCAUUAAAACUAAAAAGCAAGUCAGCAAGGUUAUAGAAAUUAACGAAAAUAUAGUGAGCAGUGUGGUAAAUUUUGUUCCUAUAUGCGAUACUCAUUACCAACUAAUAAACCAUUUGAUGGUUUGUGCGAUGUGCAAAAGGAAACUUCCCAAGAAUCAUAUUUUCUAUAUUGCAACGGAUUUGUCACGACUUGAGUACUUAAUUUACAACCAAGGAAUUCCAAUGAAACUAGGAAAUACAGCUCUGAUGGUUUGUAAAUUGUGUCGAUAUUAUGCGAAUUUGCUUUUAAAACCAAGUGAUGAUAGACCACAAAAGGAAACAUUUAUCAAAAACUACAACAAAAGGUUAUUACAACUUGUAAAUUCCGAAAAUGAAUCUAAAGUAACUGAUGAAGAAGCUGAAAAGUCUGAUGCCAAACAAACUACAAAGCUCCGGGAAAUGCGUAAAUUGAAGAAAACAUUGCAUAAUGACGCUGUGUCUACCGAUGUUACACAUGAACCAGAAAUAUCUAUAAUUCCAUCGAAACCUCACACCUCAACCGCAGGUCAUAUUUUACUUGAUAACGAUGUUAUGGUAGACUACGAUAAUCCACUCAUGGAGAGCGGUGUUCAAAGACAAGCAUUUGCGCAAAAGAUGCACAGCUCAUCAAUGCAGAAAAACUUGGGUCUACAAACAAAAGAAAGAGAUAUGGCAAAAGCUCUGAAAUCGAAUCCAAAUAUAUCAAUGAGAGAACUGUUUCCGGGCGAAGAAGAAAUGAAUUUACAUGUCAAUAUUCCCUUUAACUCGUCAGCCAAUCGCACGCCAGAAGGAUGGGCUCGAGUUUUUACCACAAUUCAGUACGACGAAGCUACUAGAAAUCUGUGGGAGGAAUUGCAAAAACCAUAUGGAAAUCAAUCUAGUUUCCUAAAGCAUUUGAUUUUACUAGAAAAAUAUUAUCGUAAUGGCGACCUCGUUCUGUCCCAAAAUGCAAGCUCAAAUGCGGUUACGUAUUCCGAAUCAGUACAAAAUCGCCUAAAGUCAUACGAUUCACCCAUUGGGAUGCAAGAGGACGGUUCUUCAUUAAAUAUUUUACAGCAAUUGAGUAACGCGCCAAUUACUAUAAUACCAACUGUAAAAAACAAAGUUAAAAUUGGGAAUGCUGAUAAUCUGUUGAAAAAUCAAACAAACAACUUUCCAAUCGAAAAUACAAAACGCAAAUUAGAAAAGUUUGGGCACAAAAACAAACAAGGACAUACUUCGCAACCACCUAGCAAGCAAAUGAAGGUAGAUGAUCAGCAAAAAGCUAGUGCUCCACCAGAUUUGAUAUCCAUCAAUCAAUCUCAAAAAGGUGACACCGUCCCCUGUUCAUCGUCACCUCAGAAAAAAUUGUCGCCAAACACAACUCAGCAAAUAAUUAAAUUACCAGACACUUUAACACCUUCUGAACGGAAACAAACAGCUAAACCAUGGCGACCAACAUUAAUUCCAAUAACUGCAGGUAGCACAGCUGCGUUGAAUUCAGGACCACUGUAUCAAACUGCUGAUGGAAGAAAAUUACCAGGACUUGUGCAAGUUAUGUCUGGCGGGAAGCCUUAUCACAUUUCAAUACACGAUUACAAUCGAAUGUGUAUUUUGCGACGAGAAAAAUUGUGGCAAAUUCAGAAACAGCAGCAACAGCAACUACAGCAACAGGAAAAUUCAACAAAUUCUAAGCCACAGAAAGUAUCUUCGCCGCCCAUCGAUACAAAUAAAACCAAAAUGGUACAAAUACCCAAUCAACUUUUAGAGCAAAACUCGUUGAUUCCUAUUGCGUCUACAAACACUGCUAAAUUCCAAAAUAACUCGCUUUCCGACACAAAUGGCAACAAACCGAAAAAAAGUGGAAAUUCUCUGCAAAAGAAUCCAAUUCCCAUUGCGCCAAAACUACCUACCAGUACAAGUGUAAUGAAAUUACCCGUAACAACGAGCUCCACAGAAAAGCAAAAGCAAACAAAUUCGACGGAAGCCGCGUCAUUCAACAUUGUACCUAAUAACUUGGGCACGCAACCUUUAGCAAAUAGCAACCCCAAUACAUCCAUGCCGUCGCAAAUUAAUUCGGGUCCAACGACACCCACUUCGGCAAUAGAGGCCUUGAUGAAAUCACAGUAUCAAAAUCAACUUUGGCUUUGGGGAGAAAGUCUGCAUCAAGGACAAAUGCUUGGCAACAGUGGUGGUGGUAUCAUUGUAGAUAACUCUCUUUUAUCUAAAAUACCAAAAUCAUUGACAGUAAUCCCUCAACAGCGCAACCGGAACCAGGGAGAUACUAGCUCUAAUUCAACUGAUGAUAACAACCCACUAAACGGUUAACCAAAAUGAAUAAAAUAAACUCAAUCUAUCGUAUCGUAUCAAAAAAAAAAUAUAUAUAUAUUUAAUAAAUAUAUAUUUACCUGUUUAAUGAAAAAACUGAAAUGAACAAAUAUUUACUGAAAACAAAAGUAGAAAGACUUUGAGAAAUAAAACAAAUACACUAUAAGUAGUACUAAAAAUUCUAAAGUAUUGAAUUAAAGUAAAACGAACAAAAUUUUCACAGACUGAUUAAUAUUAAAACUGCAUUAAACAUCAUUAAAAAGCAAUUAAUUCUGCUCUUUUUGUUUACAAAAAACAUAAAUAAAAUAAUAAUAAAAUAAAAAGUGCCUUUUUCCAAGAAACAAAUUAAAAGAUCACAA